GACGGUCGUGAAGUGACUCAUCGCCAUCUAAACAAAUACUGUACAUUAUCUCACACAUUUCUUUCUUGAGUAGUAAACACAGCGAGGAAUAUAUUUUUUUAAACAAUAACGUUUUUUGUGGUGGGAGAAAGAGCAUUGUUUUUUUUACGUUCAUCUUUCAUAAGGUCAAAUUCUUUAAAAUAAAAACCCAGACAGAGCUCAGCGCUCUCUCGCCACGCCGCCCGGGCACGUCCCUCUUGACGUUUCAUUUCACCGGCGUGUCAUUGGUCCGUUUCUGAAACACUUGGCGCGCUUGUAGAAGAUGCGCGAACUCUGUCAAAACAUAUUUGCUCGCUCCAGCCAGCCUCCAACUAGUCAUUGAACUAAAAUCAAACCAUACCUUGUUCUAACCCCCAGGCAGCAAGAGUAUUAUUAGCAGAGAUGGAAGAGGCUGGUGCCCCCCACUUCCCCUUCCCCUACCAGCCAUACCCCAUCCAGGAGCAGUUCAUGCAGGCCCUGUAUGGGGCACUGGAGCACAGCAAAGUCGGCAUCUUUGAGAGCCCUACUGGAACGGGCAAGUCUCUGAGUCUGAUCUGUGGAGCUCUGAGCUGGCUGAGGGACCAUGAGGAAAAGAGGAGACAGGAGGCAGACAGACUGCUGCAGGGGGAUGGAGGUACAUCUCUCUCCAUCUCCUCAUCCCUCUCUACCACAACAUCCUCCACCCCGCCAUCCUCUGCUGAGCCUGACUGGAUCACUGACUUUGUGCAGAAGAAGGCAGAACGGGAUUUUGUGUCUAAACUGAAGGUAGAUGAAGAGCUGCGGAGGAAGAAGAGGGAGGAACACCUGGAAAUGAUCAGAAACAACUCUCAGCUGAAAUACGCUCUGAAGAGAAAGAGCUGUGAGGAUGAUGAGGCAGUGAAGCUGCUGCAGCUAAGUAAGGACCCCCAGGAGGGGGAGCUAAACAACCCUGAGGAGGAGCUUAUUGUGGCUGAGUAUGAAAGCGAUGACGAAUCAAAGCCCAAGAACAAGUUCUGUGGUGGUGGUGAUGACGAUGAUGAAGAUGACUUGGUGGAGGAGCACGUCACCAAGAUCUACUACUGCAGCCGUACACACUCCCAGCUGGCUCAGUUUGUCCAUGAGGUACAGAAGAGUCCCUUCAGCCAGGACAUCAGCCUGGUCCCACUGGGGUCCCGACAGAAUAUGUGUGUAAAUGAGGAGGUGCGUCGGCUGGGAAGCGUCCAACGUAUCAACGACCGCUGUAUGGAAAUGCAGAAGAACAAACACGACCAGCGUCUGAAGGAAGUGGAGGGUGGUAAGAGGAAGAGGGGUGCGUCUAAGGCGGUGUGUCCGUACGUAGGGGCUCAGGGGCUGCAGACACUGAGGGAUACAGUGUUGGGGGCGGUACGAGACAUAGAACAGCUGCUCAGCCUGGCCAGAGAAACACGCUCCUGUCCCUACUACGCUACACGCCUCGCUAUACCCCCCGCACAGCUGGUGGUGCUGCCCUAUCAGACUGUACUUCAUGAGGGGACGAGGAGAGCAUCGGGGGUGCAGCUCAAAGGACAGGUGCUGAUCAUAGAUGAGGCUCACAACCUCAGUGACGUUCUCUCCUGUAUACACAGCUCAGAACUAACUGGAGCACAGCUAUGCCGUGCAUACUCCCAGCUUGCACAGUACUCUGAACGCUACAGGAGUCGACUGAAGGCCAAGAACCUGAUGUACAUUAAACAGAUCCUUUUUGUGGUGGAGGGGCUGGUGCGUGUGCUGGGGGGUAAGGUGGGGCAGAAUCCACACAGCCAGACUACUCAGCCAGCAACCGAACUGCUGACCAUCAACAACUUCCUGUUCAAGGCUCAGAUAGACAACAUCAACCUCUUCAAGGUACAGCAAUACUUUGAGAAGAGUAUGAUCAGCAGAAAGCUGUGUGGCUUCAUAGAAAAGUAUGCAGGUACAGGUGUGACGUCACACACACAAACCUCACACACACAGACACAGUCUGCCAACAAAGAGAAUCGUCGGACUGAAGGCUUGAACCGCUACCUACAGACACUGCAGAGCAGCCAACAGCCUGACACAGAGUCACCUCCAGGCCAGCAGGGAGCAGCAGAGGACAGGGAGCUGGCAGCAUCCCCUAUGAUGCAGGUAGAGGGCUUCUUCAUGGCUCUCACCAAUGCCAACACUGACGGACGUGUGGUGCUACACACACAAGGUAGUGUAGCGGUGAGUAGUAUGAAGUUCCUCCUGUUGAACCCAGCGGUCCACUUUGCUCAGGUGCUGAAGGACUGUAGAGCUGUCAUCAUCGCUGGAGGAACCAUGCAGCCUGUGUCUGACUUUAAGCAGGAGCUGUUGUUCUCUGCUGGUGUUGGACCGGAGCGCAUCAUAGAGUUCUCCUGUGGUCAUGUGAUUCCUCCAGAGAAUAUCCUGCCCAUAGUGCUGUGCAGUGGCCCGUCUGGUCAGGAGCUGGAGUUCACCUUCCAGAACAGAGACACACCACACAUGAUGGAGGAGACUGGCCGUGUGCUGUCUAACCUGUGUAACGUGGUGCCGGGAGGCGUGGUGUGUUUCUUCCCUUCCUACGAUUACUCCAGAAGGAUUCUGGAGAACUGGGAGGCCAGCGGAGUUCUGGCACGCCUCUCUAGCAAGAAGAAGAUCUUCCAGGAGCCAAAGAAAGCCAACCAGGUGGAAAAAGUUCUCAAUGAGUUCUCACGCACAAUCCAGAGGUGUGCUGUGGAUGGGGGUACACUCUCUGGAGCGUUGCUGUUCUCUGUGGUCGGGGGAAAGAUGAGCGAGGGUAUCAACUUCUCGGACGACCUAGGCAGGUGUAUUGUGAUGGUAGGGAUGCCAUAUCCAAACAUCAAGUCUCCAGAGUUAAAGGAGAAGAUGGCUUACCUGGACAAGAACCUGCCUCACUCUGGUGGGAGGAGUCCAGGCCAGGCUCUGAUAGAGAACCUCUGUAUGAAGGCUGUCAAUCAAUCCAUAGGAAGAGCCAUCCGUCACCGUGAAGACUAUGCAUGUAUCGUUCUGUGUGACCGACGGUACUCCCGACCUGCAACGCUGGCCAAACUCCCCGACUGGAUCAGAGCACACACGCACACACACACCAGCUUCGGCCCUGCCUUCGCCAGCCUGAGACGGUUCUUUAUGGAGAAGAAGAAACAGCAGCAGCUAUGAGAGGAAGGGGUAGCAGGUGUUCUGGUGUGUAACGCUGGUCAGAAGAGAGCUACCUCACCUCUCGGAUAUCCUCGCUCUGGAGACAAGACUUCUGAUUGGAUUCUCCUCGAGGGAUGUUAAAGCACACACUCGUCAAAGCAUGAUGGUUGAGGCUCUUUGUAUGUUUUACACCCAUACCUCUCCAACAGUACAGAUCAGUCAACUCUCCACUGCCAGUAUUUUAUGCAAAAUAAUUUUUAUUGAAUGAUGUUCAUAACAUUCUGAUAGAAAUGUUGUGCUGCUUUAGUGUGUUAGUUAUGUAAUUAUAUUUACGUGUUACUUGAUUAUACUUAAUAAUGCUGAGAUGAGGUCUGACUUAUCUCCUGUAGUUGUUUGUCCAGUAUUCUCUCAAUAAGGAUCAGUACAUUUGUGUAUCAUCUGGAACAGGGAUGGGCAACUUUGAUGGGCUGUGGGGGCCACACAAAAAACGGAACUCACGAACAGCCGCAGUGGCUCGUGGGUUUGCAAUUCAACAAUGCUUACUACAAGUUUAGAUAGAUUGGUAAGUUAGCUGGCCACUAGACUAAAUCAUUUUAGCUGACAUGGGCUAAUUGAGUGACUGCUGAUGCACAACCAAAUGUCAAAACUGCACCUUAGUUGCCCAUCCCUGAUCUUGAAGGAACCCUACAGACAGUAUCACAUUUGUUUUUUAGGGAUCCCGGUCUAAGGCACUGCAUCUCGGUGCAAGAGGUGUCACUACAGUCCCUGGUUCGAAUCCAGGCUGUAUCACAUCCAACCGUGAUUGGGAGUCCCAUAGGGCGGCGCAUAAUUGGCCCGGGGUAGGCCGUCAUUGUAAAUAAGAAUUUGUUCUUAACUGACUUGCCUAGUUAAAUAAAGGUUAAAAAAAAUA